CAUGCACAAAUUGCAGCGCGUUCACGAGAGCUAUCCUGACCAACUUCCAGGGGCAGCAGUGGUGAAGUUCGGAGGGGAAAAUUCAGGCUUCGUAAACACUCGAGAAGCUCACCAAGCACAAAACUGACACAGGCCGCAACCGGGCAGCCACCAUGGAGGAUUUAGACGCGUUGCUGGCGGACCUGGAAUCAACUACGUCCCACAUCUCAAAGCGACCAGUAUUCUUGCCUGACGAGACCCCCUACUCUAUCCCUACGGGAGGACACUCCUGCCAGGAUGUGUCAGUUCCCCCUCCAGUCCCUCCUCCACCCUCAGCCGAAGCUCUGAAUGGUUCCCUGAUCGAUCAGCCUGACUCCCCUCACUCCUCUCAGCAGUCAUUAGGUUCAGCACAGAAGAGCUCGUGGUCCAGGGACAGUAGCAGCUCUCCGUUGUCUCACAUUGAGGAAGACCACGUCUACAGUUUUCCAAACAAACAGAAGUCAUCAGACUCAUCAACAGCAGCCAUGACCUCUGCCCUGGGCAGUAACCUCUCAGAGCUCGAUAGGCUGCUGCUGGAACUUAAUGCAGUGCAACAGAGCUCCCCUUCAUUCCCCACAACAGAGGAAGCAGCUCCACCCUUACCCUCCUGCAGCAUCACCCACUACGAGAACGGCAGCAGCCCUGAGAUCAUGGUGAGCCCUCCGCCUCAGGAGAAACCUAAGAGGAAUGGAACAAGGUUGGAUGAAACCCGACCCACUGUGGAGAGUCUGCUGGACGAGCUGGAGGGCUCAGUGCCUUCACCCAGCCCCCCUGCUUGCCACAGUGAUUUGGACACCCCCUCUCAGCAGCAAGCCAGAAUUUCAGCUUCCUGUGCCACAAGAGAGCUCGAUGAGCUGAUGGCCUCUUUGUCUGACUUCAAGCCCAGUUCUUUGGGCUCUCUGCUGGACCCAGCAGGAGCAUCUUCCAGCUCUCCUCAUCCUCCAGUCCCUUCCUCCGUCACCCCAGUGGCUUCUCCUUUUCUUACUCUGUCCCACCCAUCUGCCUGUGCCUCUCCCCUCUUCUCUUUGCCCACCGGUCUAGAGCUGCACAUAGACGAGGACGGAGGAGAUGCCGGUGUGUCGAUGCCCCACCCAAACCGCCCCCCUCUCCAUAGUCCUAUAUCCUCACUUUCUGCAGCCAGUGAUCUAGACCUGGACUCUGUCAUAGAUGUCUCUGCCACCUUGCUGUCAUCCCAAACCAAGUCUCUGCUAGUCCUCUCUCAGUCCGCUUCAUCUAACUCCAACCUGAUGAGAAAUAGCCCAAGUCCUUCCAAUACCACCACCACCCCCUCACUUACUUCAGUUAACACUGUCCUGGACCACAAGUCCUCCAAGUCUCCCAGUCCAUCUGUAGAACGCAACUCACCCUCAAAUACUGUCGGUAAAUUCUCUUGUCUUCCUGAGACUGUGAACAAGGGGUCUGCUUCUUUUCAAGACCUUGAUUUGAAUUUCUCCACUCCACCUCCAUCAAAAAAUCUCACUCCUCCUGCUUCAGUGUCGAAGACUCCUUCACCUCUCCCUGCUGCUGUCUCAUUAUCUCCACCCUCUGCACAAGCUUUCUCAAAAAUAUCCUCACCGUCUCAGGUCUCUCCAGUAACGGUCCCCUCUCCAUCGGCCUUCCCGAGCCCCAGCAGACAGCUGCCGGAGCCAGCACCUGCAGGCCAGAGAGCCAGCCCCUUUGCUGUGCAACAACCCCCCAUGAUGGAUCCUUCCCUGGAUGAGGCACUAGACAAGCUGCUUGCAAUGGGUUUUGCACAGAAUCACUCAGCGGCACAUGUGGAGGAACCACAGCUGAAGAUGGAGACACAGAGCUUUUGCAGAGGAAUGCCAGAGGUGCAUGAAGAACUCAUCCUGCCCAUGGACAGAAACAAUGUGCAGCCCGACACUUUCACCAGCACCACCAACACCAUCACAGAUGACUCAGUGGAUGGAGGCACUGAUGGAAACGGAGAUCUGGACUGGGCCGAUGAGGAGCUGUCAGUGUCCUUCCAUGAUGGACUGGAUGGCACCAUGACGCCUUACACCGAGAGGCCAUACACAGAUGGCAGCAUGACCCCGUUGACAGAGGCCAGCUGGAUGGAUGAGUCCAUGACCCCGUCUUCAUGCCCCGGGACCCCUGACGUUGCCCUGGACCUGCCCAUGAUGCAGACUCCCAAUAUAGACAGAGUCUCUGCAUCCGGACAUAUCAAAUCAGUGAUUAGGCGCACUAAGGAGACUCCAAACGUACAUCCCAUGUACCGAGAUGGUCACCUGCGCAGGAAGAUGGGACCCAUCAUUGUAAACAAGAACAGUUCUCAGGACCGGCUCAUAGAGGAGCUUCAGGGAAAGCUCGGGAUCGGCCGCUCAGAGCGCCGACGAAAACAGUCUGAUGACUGGUUGACCGAGGGGGUCAUCGUCACGUCUAAACCCCAGCGUUUCCGUCCUGAGGGGACUGGCAGUGAGGUCGACAAGAUCAUAAUUCCCCCAGAGUCACCUGUCCCUGUGAGGAAGGUGCUCCCACCUCUCUCCCCCCCAGCCCCUCGUCGCCCUCCUAUUGUAGAAGAACCUAAGCGACCACUCGCUGUACAGCAUCCCCUUGUUCCAAUACCGCCACCUCCUCCUCCUCCACCUCCCUCUCCCCCUCCACAGCCACCGCACAUCCACGAACCAGUUCCCGCUCCACCUCGACAGAUUAUUAAAGCCUCACAUCCGCCACCACCCCCAAUUCAGGAGCCUCCCGCCCCUAAACCACAGCCCCCUCCUUCUGUUCUUAAAACCCCAACACGGCCUCCACCAAUGGAGCCAGUGACACCAGUUGCGCCCAAACUCCUGGUGUCUGUAGGCUGCCAAACAGAGUAUGACCCAGUCUUCCCUUCAAUGCAGAUUAUGGCCCAAGGUAAGGGUGGUGUUCCUGGUGGGCCCCCAACACAGGUCAACAAGCUGGACAAUAUGCUUGGUAGCCUGCAGUCUGACCUCAACAAACUGGGUGUGCAGACAGUAGCUAAAGGAGUUUGCGGUGCCUGCUGUAAGCCAAUUGUAGGACAGGUGGUGACUGCCAUGGGCCGCACAUGGCACCCUGAACACUUUGUGUGCACGCACUGUCAAGAGGAGAUCGGCUCCAGGAACUUCUUUGAGCGUGAAGGACAGCCUUACUGUGAGAAAGACUACCACAACCUGUUCUCCCCACGAUGCUACUACUGCAACGGGCCCAUACUGGAUAAAGUCGUGACGGCGCUGGAUAGGACUUGGCACCCUGAACACUUCUUCUGCGCUCAGUGCGGAUCCUUCUUCGGCCCAGAAGGUUUUCAUGAAAAGGAUGGAAAAGCUUAUUGCAGGAAGGAUUACUUUGAUAUGUUUGCACCGAAGUGUGGUGGCUGUGCCAGAGCCAUUCUGGAAAAUUACAUCUCAGCACUGAACUGCCUCUGGCAUCCUGAGUGUUUUGUGUGCAGGGAGUGCUUUACCCCAUUUGUGAAUGGAAGUUUCUUUGAGCACGAUGGCCAGCCCUACUGUGAAGUGCACUACCACGAGCGCCGCGGCUCCCUCUGCUCCGGCUGUCAGAAGCCCAUCACAGGCCGCUGUAUCACGGCCAUGUCCAAGAAGUUCCACCCGGAGCAUUUUGUCUGCGCCUUCUGCCUGAAACAGCUCAACAAAGGCACCUUUAAAGAACAGAACGACAAACCCUACUGCCACGGCUGCUUCGUCAAGCUGUUCAGUUAGGGCAUUAGAGUUUAACAGUACCACACAUGGGUCAGGGCUUAGAUAUGUGUCUAAAGCAUCCUUAGCACAGGUAGGGUGAGAAUGGAUUGUGUUCGUAUCAAAGGAAGUUGUCUGAUUUCUAAUGAUGAUGUUGGAAGUGUGUAUGGAUUGGGUAUGUGCAUGUGGUUGAAGCAGCAUACUGUCUCCGCCAGACUAAAAUACUUUUAACAUGUCCUUCAGAAAUGUGGAAGAACAUACCAUUUUAAGACUGACAGCAGUUUUAUUUUUGAAGCUUUUAUGGAUUUUGAGUUGGUCUAUAGGCGACAGAGUGAUGCAGACAUGCUCAAUAUUUAUAGGAUGUUGAAAAACACAAGAAGUGAAAUUAGAAGGGUUUUUAAAAUCAACACUGACGUGUAGAAAACUUUACUUUUCCCCCGGUCUCCUUAGAUGUGUUGGACAUUUUCCAAAGGCAAAGAGCUGUCAAUCUUUUUUCUUUUUUUUGUAACUCUCACAUUGUUGUGUUUUCAAAUCUUUUUAGUUUGUUUUUUUCUUUAUAGAAGGUGGUGAAAUCUUACUGAACACUGUAGAAAUUCAUGAAAUUCUCUGCGUGUUUGACAUUGUUGCUCACUGGUUGAGUGUCAUUUUAAAAACCAUAAAAAAAAAAGAAAUGUAAUCGUCUGAAAACUAUAGCAGGGAACAGGUGACCUGUUGUUUUUAGCAUCACAAUAUGACCUGUUUUUACAACUGAUGAGGGUAAAAAGCUUUUAGAUACUGUUUUCCAUUAUAUAAAGUUGAACAGAGCAGACAGGAAAAAAUGGGCUGAGUCAGCAUCCACAAUUUUAUGUGUGAAAUUGAUUGUAGUGUCUUUAGACUCACUCAUUCAGCCUAAGAAAACGCCAUUAUAUGACAGUUUGAAGUGUUUCAGUAGUGUUUCAAAGCUGAGUUUCUGUCAUACAUGAAUCAAGAACUGAAUCAAUUUCGGUUUCUAACAUCAGAAACAAACACACCUAUUUUUAGCCAAAGGUAAACCAUGUAUGGAUGAAUAUUUUACAGUGAUUGUCAAUGAAGAAAUUCAAUAUGUAGCCAUCCACCAGUAGCUGCAGUAUUCACUCUGAAUUACAUGUUUGAAUAAACCUCACGUUUUUGUGCUGCCAAAUCAUUCCUUAUUUUUUUCUCUGAAGAAAAGAGAAAACAAUCUGAAAACGCUUUCUUGCAGUCGUCUCAUACAGUGAAAUGGAACCUCACAAAGAUACUGGGAGAAUUUUGUGCAUCUCUUACACUACCAUUACUGUUUCUGAGUACAUCUUGAGAUGUUUUUUGUAAAUAUCCGAUGCAGCUACAUUGUAAGCAAAGAUGUACAUGUGUUUGAUAACCACUCAUUCGAAGGCAGACAGGGCUGGUGUGAAAGCAUAGCAAAGAUACUUUGAUAUUUUUGGUGUCAUUACUGUACUGAGAAGCUGAUGAAUGUUCACUGUUUUGAAAGAAGUAGUACAUAAUGCAAGGAAAUGUGUAAAAUGUGCCUGUGAUACUCCAGUAACUCUAUGCAACUGUGGAUUAACAACUUUGUAUUUCAGCAUUUUCCUUACAUAACCAUGUCUGUGCCAUUGUGUCAGUAUCAUGUCUAAUAACACUGGCAAAUUCAGCAAAAUACUGAUAACAGGUCAAUAGUCCACAGUUAUGUUUUCAUGUUAUUAGUCUGUGAGUCCACUGAAAAAUGUAGGCUGUUAAAAUGAGAGCCUGGUGGUCUGUUAUAAUAAAUGGUAGGACUAAGAUGACUCAUUUCCCUCAGUAUCUGAGUAGCAUCUACUGUAAGUCCACCAGGCUGGGUCUGUACAUGGUUAAUCGUGACAUGCAGCAGAUACAUUGGGGCCUUCUGUCUUGUUCAGGGAAUUCUAGAGCCUUAAAUCUUUUCUCACUCUAUUUAAGAGAUCAUGUAACAGGUGUCUUUUCAAAUCGGUUUAGUAGAGUGUUAUUUAACCAAAGCCAUACCUUCUUUGAAUUGUUUUUGUCUGUUCACUUUUUCUUUUCUUUUCACUUCGAAUGUCAAUAGUUAUGAAUAGUGAGAUUCCUCACCUCUAGUCUGAUUACGCAAAUAAAUUCUGUUUUGGUAUCAAAA